AUGGGGAACCCCAAAAAACACACAAAUGCUCAGGGGGCAUCCAGCAAGACGCCUACCGUGAAAUCCAGUACUUUUACGCGGUAUUUCAAAGACGCGACGGCCCGCGAGGACGAGGCCGCAAAUUCCAAUAUGGCGGCGGAAUCGGCACCAUCAAGCCCGGCACCAUCAGAGGGCUCAUGCGGUACCCUCACACAGGCAACAGAUCCUGACAUAAAAGAUUUGCUGAGGAACCUGCCCUCCAAAGCAGACAUGGCCAAUAUGAUUGGCAGAUUAGAAGCAGCUCUGCAAUCUAAAAUCGACGCCAUGGGCACAGACAUACAACAAGUAAGUCUUAAAGUUACAGACUUGGAAGAAGAAGAAAAGGAUGUAAUGCAGGCCCAGAUUGUAAAUAAUGCCUCCACAUUAGAAUCACAAGCUAUGACCUUAUCCUCUAUGCAGAGGCAGCUAGACGAUUUAGACAAUAGGAGCAGGAGAAAUAAUCUGAGAAUAAGAGGCCUUCCUGAAACGCAAGGGGAAGAUCUGAUGGCUAAUCUGAAAGAAUUAUUGAAUCUUAUACUGGGGGACCCUGUGGAUAACCCAAUAUUAAUGGAUAGAGCUCACAGAUCACUGCGCCCUAGAGGAGCAACAGCUGAAGCCCCAAGGGAUGUAAUCUGCAGGCUCCAUUACUUCUCAGUGAAGGACACCAUUCUCAGGGCCCUCAGAGAAACAUCCCAACCUCUUAUGUACCGCGAAAAUCACAUACAAAUUUUUCCAGACCUAUCGUGGUUCACGCUACAAGCGAGGCGAGCACUAAAACCAAUCACAGAGCUAUUACGCAAUCGCAACAUGAAAUACAGGUGGGGAUAUCCAUUCGCACUGAUUGUUAACCACAAAGGAGUGAUGCACUCCAUAGCUUCACAUCUGGAUGUAAAACCAUUCCUGAGAGCUCUGGAACUGCCAAACACCAACAUCCCGGAUUGGUAUGCACCUCAACCAAACCAAGAUUCUUCUAUACUACCCCAAAGACAAAGAUGGACUACCCCCGCCAAGAAAAGAAGGACCGACCAAAGACCCUUCUCCCCCAGGAGCAGAAUGAUGGGGAACCAAAGAGAUGA